CAGAAAAGUGAUGCUAUGAGACUCAAAGGGGAAGUGGCCACACGUGUCACCUGGAGCCAGCCCCAUCCAAGAGGAGAGCAGCUUGACAAGGGAAGACACAAAAAGGAACAGAGUACAAACUGGGAGCAAGGGAAGAGUGGCAGCCCGGCUAGCAACUUCAGGAGAGGAACUGGAGCCGCCAGACCCAGCGAGCUGAGAUUGACAAACCACGAAGAAGGAGGGGAUACCGAAGCAGUGACAAGCACUUUGCUCUUGGCAUCUGUCCCAGGUGACUGCUUCAACAUCAGUGCUAUUUCCAGCAGGACCAUGGAAGGCAAAGAGACAUCACCAAGCCACCACUCGGAGGAGAGCAGCGUGUCGGACCUACCCUCUGUUUGUGACCUAGCAGAGAUCUUCCAGCCUCCACGCAGCACUGAGAGCAGUGAGGAGCCUUUUUGUUCUCCGGAUACUUUUCCCUCUCCACUCACAGCAAGCUUUGGCUCUGGGAGUAAGGCUGCGACAGCACAAGGAACCAAAAUGGGAAAGGAGAGGGCGUGCCAAGGAGCACCCUGUGGUUUCUGCUUCUCAAGGUUGGACUACGACUGUGGAUCCGGGUGCUGCUCAGCCUUGCUGGGAGAAAGCAAUCCACCCUCUGCAGUUCCUGCGAGCUUUUCUGCUGGAAGCCCCGAGAAAGAAAAUGUGAGAUGUUAUCCAGAAGCAGGGCUGUGUGAGCACGCUGAACCGAACGAUGCUUCUCUCUCAAGUAUGUAUGGAUGUGAAAACACAGAAGACACAAGCAUCAGGAAAUCUCUUGAUGGCUUCUACGAAACAUAUGGCAAAAACGGGCCAGGCAGAGCUGAUCCCACCUGUGAGGCUGCGUCACGAUGUCUUUCACAGAAGGUUUCAGAGCUAGCAAACCGGGGUGGGACCAAAUACGCACUGCGGUGCCUGCAAAUGGCCCAGGUGGUCUUGAGCAGAGAUGGAUGUAAGAUCUUUCCAAACUAUCCCACUACAGCUUGUUUUUCAAAGCCAGCUGAGGGAGAAGUCGUGUUGGAGGAUACAAAGAGAACACCUGGACUCUCAGACGAUGUCCUGCAGUUCCUCUUGAAACAGACACGGAUGGAACAUAGCCCCGACGUGCUGCAUGAGAAGUGAUCGAGAUGCUGGUUUGCUUCUGUCACCAGAGCUUGGCUUUUUACUGAGAAGGGUGACAGCAUCUGCAUCUGGAGCUUCAGACACGAGCAUUUCUACCUACCAGGCUUCUACACUGGCUAAACUGGCCUAUGUCCCUGCCCCUAGCUGAACAGCAGCCCAGCCCUAAUUCAGCCCCUGCACAGGCGUAGAAGCACGUCCACGUGCUGUUGAGUGCAACUGAA